CAAUGAAGUCAAAGCCUAAUGCAUUUCUCUGUGGUACCACAGGCUGCAUCUCUUUCAAAUUACAGUGCAGGCGGACCAGACAGCAUUUUCUGAAUUAGCAUCUCCGGGACUCCUCUGCUCACACACACAACACUGUGCACAUCUGAGGUCCAGCAAAGUACCUGUCUGCUUUAUCCAGGGACAUCAGCUCUCCACCACCACUUUGGAUUAGGGGGGGAACUCUAAAUUUCUUUUUUUUCUCUCUCCAAAAAAAGCACAGCAGCCAGGAGUUUCUGGAGGGGAGGGGAGGACCCACCUUGGCCACCUGCUCUCUUUUGAUUCUUAUUAUUGUCCCUCUAUUUUGGAUAGCUAAUGGAUGGGUGAAUGCAACCUUGGUGCUGAAGAAUGAGCUAAGUUUGUUGAGUUCCAUCAGGCAGCAAGAUGCAUGCAUGCACAAUUAUGGAAUUGUAACUUGGAUAUUUGAUGGAUAUCGAUUCUAAAGAAAGGCUACAGAAUGGGUAAAAGAGAGAUACAAAGCUUUAUCAGAUGGGUACUGGUUCUCACGCUUUGCCUUUUAACCCUAUGGGGAAGGAUAGCAUCAGCAUCAACACAUCACAGAAUUCAUUCAGUUCAUGUACAACCAGGCACAUGUGAAGUGAUUGCUGCUCACAGAUGCUGCAAUAAGAACAAGAUUGAAGAAAGGUCACAAACAGUAAAAUGUUCCUGUUUUCCUGGCCAAGUUGCAGGGACUACGAGGGCAGCCCCAUCUUGUGUAGAUGCUUCUAUAGUUAUCCAGAAAUGGUGGUGUCAGAUGCAGCCUUGUUUAGAAGGAGAAGACUGCAAAGUUCUACCAGACUUGACAGGUUGGAGUUGUAGUAGUGGGAACAAAGUCAAAACAACAAAGUUUGUGCAAGGAUACCGACAAUCCUAAGAGGGCAGCAAGACGUGUGUGCUCUGUACCUGCAAGAUAAAGCCAAGAGGUUACACGAUAGUGUCUGGAGUAUACGCAGCGAACACCCAGAGGGAAAAUAUGUGAAAGGCCAAAGUUUUACACUGGCAUACUGUAUAUCCCCAUGCAAAGUAUCUUUCGUUCCAAUGCGUGGAUAUAUUUGGAUAGUAGCCCUAACUGACAUUAAAGGGGAGGACAAUAAUCAUGUACAAAGUAAAACAGAGGACCAACUUGAUGACAUUUAAAGUGUGCAAGAAAUCUGCAACAAAAACUGUAGACUGAAUAGUUGCAAAAUGGAAUACAUGAAUCCAUUUCCAAACAUGUUGGACUACUCUGAAAUAAAAUAUGCGUAUUACAAGAGACAGUUUGUGUGCAGUAUACCAACACCCAAUUUAACUGUAAUUUAACUACUUUAUUUGACCUUUGAUAUUUUAUUCUUUCCAAGAAGCUAUUUAGUUCUAUCUCAAUAUGUCUACAGUUUAUGACUUGGAAUUGUGACUUUUUGCCCUUCUGUCAAGUGAAAGCCGAAGAAAAUACAGUUUCUUAUAUGAUAAUUGGCAGUCCCAAUAUUGUGAAAGUGAUUAACAGGGAGUGAUUGGUAAAGCAAGCUGGGUCAAAUGUAUUACACAUCACUUAUAUAUUUUAGGUCAAUGCGUUUGUAUGGUAUGAAUUUUAGGCUGUGCUAAUUCUUGGAAAAUAUCAUGAUUUUAAGGAAGAGCGUGUCAUAUAUGUAAAAUGUUUUGGCCAAUAGCAAUAUAUUCUUUCCAUAUCAAUGUUCUUAAUUCCAAAGUGCUAAAUAUACAGUCUCAGACUAGAGCAUGGGGGGAUAUAGAUUAUUCUUUUUUAUAUAAAAACAUAACAUGUUUUAUUCAAAUGUCAUUAAUUGGGUCAUAAGUUGCAUUGUACAGGAGCAAAGACAUUUUUUUUAACCUGACUGCAUCAGUUAUUUUAUUUAGAUACAUAUAAAAAUUUAAGCACUUUGCCUAAAAAUUCUGCUUUUAUUAUAAAAUACAUAAGAAUACUAAAUAUAAACUUUUAAGCAAUUGUUAAAGGUAUGUAAAUGACCACUAAAUCUGAAACAAAAGCAUUCAAAAAUAGUUACUUGAUGGGAAAGAAUAUAAUGAUCACAUUCACAAAUAAGUGUAAAAAGAGUGUUUACUCAUACAAUGUGAUACUUGAAAAUUAUAAAAAUUGCUGCAAAAUUUAUAAAAAUUGCUGCAAAAUUUAUAAAAAUUGCUGCAAAAUGUAACUGCCAUUUUAGUCUGAAAGAAGACUGGAAUUGACAAAUGACUAUUCUUUAACAACAUAACUGUACAGAAAGCCUACUAUGCAUUGGAAGGACUCAAUCUCUACUCUAAUACUUUCGCUAUAAAUAUUUCUGGCUGGUUCCUGUUCCUUUUUUUUUUACAUAAGCCAGCCUUAUUCGCCUAAAAUCAAUGUUUAGUGGCUCUUUUAGCAGACACAUGUAUUUGGUUAGCUAACAAAAUCCUGGAGGACCGGGAUCAAUAUAAAAGCAAAUGUUGAAGCUCAGUUGAAUUAUUGACUUAAUUUGGAUGGGCUUUAAAAUAGUUAUAGCAUAUCACAUGGUAUCUAUAGUGAAUUGCUUAGGGUUUAGCGAGCUAGCAUCAGAUUCUUACUAAAUUUCUUUAGUCAAAAUAUACAUCAAAUGCCCUAAUAAUUAGUGAUGUUUUAAUCAAUACAGUUGAUUUGCUAAAGGAGUAGUGACUUUUCAGUUACCAUAGUAAAUAUCUUAAGCCAUGUUUAUUUCAGUCAGCCAAUCAACUGUUUUUUUAUGUUUUUAUUUUUCAUUUUGCAAAUGAUUGAAUAUUUAAAGUGAACACGGUUUCACUUUUUUCACUAAGCUAAAUAAACAAAAUCACAUUCUCUUUGCUCUUCUCCUUCAGUAAAUCAACUCAAAUUAGUCUACCUGCAGGUUUUAUAUCUACCUUGCCUUACAAAACAUUUAAUAGUUCAUGGCCACAGCUGGAUCUACGUUAAAAUAGUCAUUUUAAAUCUCAUGACACAUGUUUCAAUGCAGGCUGUAUGGAUCAGGAACUUGGCCAGCAGCAUUAAUUGUCCAUCCUGCGUUUGCUAGAAAUGACUUGGGUAUCAUUAAAGCAUUGACCAUAGGGACCAAGGUUCAAUUUGCUUUUUCCUGUCUUCAUGCCCAACAGUCAUGGUCCACGAGUGCACUGCAGGACAAUGCACUGCAUACUUUCAAAGCCACACAUAACAAGGUAAAGAAAGCUUCAAUCUAAAGCCUUCUCUCAUUCAUAGUCAAAUCAACAUGCAAGGACUAAAGUUAAAUUUACAGCACCUGCUCAACAAUAUUUUCAGUUCUUUGAAUGAAAGAGUGCAAUUUUCCAAAGAAAUUGUAAAAAGGAAAUAUGUACAAAAGAUUCUGUGCUUGUGUUCCUUGCUUUAAUUGCUGCUGGCUGCGAAUGUAGAUGCCGUAUUGGUGCUAGCUCUUAACUGGGCAGUAAACAAGUUGUGUCACAGGAGGAGUUUUCAUCUUGGCAAAAUUGCUUCUCUACCAUUAAAUGACAGCAAUUAGCAUAUGCACAUAACAUCAGAUUCCUGCUCUUCACAUGACACAUGCAGGGUAAUGCAACUAGCAGACUGCAUCCUAUUACUUUGUAGAACACUUAUUCACUUACUCUCCAAAAGAACUUGAUUUCCUGCAGUGUAAUAAAAUCAGGUUGUCGUAAAUGCCAUUAAGAAUACAUUAUCUGCCUGUGUUAUAGCUUAUAUGCGUAAAAAUAAAUUUUGAAAAAAUUAGGAAAACUA